GAGGCGGCAGAUCCUGGUUCCGGAAGUGGGGGUUGGUAGGGCUGGGCUGGACUGGACUUCCGGUUAGGGAGCGAGGCUGCGGUGAAGAGGGACGCGGAGUGCUGGACUGAUGCAGGCGAUCAAGUGUGUGGUGGUGGGCGAUGGCGCGGUGGGUAAGACCUGCCUACUCAUCAGCUACACGACCAAUGCCUUCCCUGGCGAAUACAUCCCCACUGUUUUUGACAACUACUCCGCCAACGUGAUGGUGGAUGGGAAGCCAGUGAACCUGGGCUUGUGGGACACAGCGGGACAGGAGGACUAUGACCGACUGCGCCCACUUUCCUACCCGCAAACUGACGUGUUUCUGAUCUGCUUCUCGCUGGUGAGCCCAGCCUCCUUUGAAAACGUCCGUGCCAAGUGGUACCCUGAAGUGAGGCAUCAUUGUCCAAACACGCCCAUCAUCUUAGUGGGGACCAAGCUUGACCUGCGAGACGACAAGGACACGAUUGAGAAGCUGCGGGAGAAGAAACUGACCCCCAUCACCUACCCACAGGGUCUGGCUAUGGCCAAGGAGAUCGGUUCGGUGAAGUAUCUGGAAUGCUCGGCACUAACCCAGCGAGGCCUUAAGACCGUGUUCGACGAAGCCAUCCGUGCGGUGCUCUGUCCCAUUCCUGUUAAGAAGAAGAAGAGAAAAUGCUUCAUUCUGUAACUCUCCUUUGUACCAGUUUACCAGGCCUACAGCAUUGAUUCAAAAAUGCCAAUAUUCUCCCUUUCAUUGUGAUCACUUUCUCCUUUUAGGAUUGCUAUUGAACACACCCAUGUACUUUUUCCAAUAUUUAAUGAGGAUUGGUUACUACUUGCUCCAUCCGCACUCCCUCCCCCAUUUCCCCUCCUUACACUCAUUUGUAUUUAAAUUGCCAAAUUAUCCACUAUAAACUAGCAAAACACUUCAUUUGCACUGCAAACACUAAGUCAUAGAAGGAAUUGCACCUUUCUGUCAUCUGGUACUGUUUACAGCCUGUCCAGAACUCUAACCAUACCAGUGUAGAACCUACUCCCUAAACAUCUCAGGAUCACUCCAAGUUAACAGUCAGCACACUCUGGAGGUGACGGUGUUGAUGUAGACUGACUCAGUACAGCUCUGAAGAUGUGACUGGAUUUAGAAAACUUCAGAGGCUGUAGAUUACUUUUGUUGGCCCUGGUUCUUUCUAGAUAACAUUACAUGCUAACACAUUACCUUGCUAGCUCCAAGUUGGCACAGAUGCUUUAGCGUUAAGUACGAGUUAAUCAUGUCUGCUGCUGCGUUAUCUGAACUUUAAAGAAACUAACACUUAACACAUUGGAAAGUCUACGCAAAUAACUAAUAAGGCUAGGAUGUGCUCCAGUUUGGAGGUGCAAUUAACAAUAAGGCAUUGGACUGAGAAUUUUCAGUAUUCUUGGAUUGAAGCAAAGCAGAUGCUAGAUUUUGGAAGGACCCCCGUAUGUGUUCUUGUUGAAUUGUAUAUUUUUUGAGUAAUGAUGCUAGAGGAAUGGAUAAUCUCAGGAACAGAUGUAAAACUUGGGGGUUUAAAAAGAACAAUUGAAAGCAUUGACUGGGUCCUAACAAGCUCUGAUUUGUAUUUUGUAAGGGAUUUUUCUGUAACAUAACCUCUCGUGUUUCUGAAAUGGUUAACUUCUCAGCUGUAUGUGGCUAACAAGAUUUUUAAAGAAAAAAAAGUAAAUUUUAACAGUAAGUUGUAUGGAAGUGUCAUUUUUCAUGUUGCAUUAACUGGAACUUAGAACAAAGUUGCAAAUUUUAGUUAACACCUUUCCGUGUCAAGUGCUUCAAGCAACAAUCCUGUUAGUAAAAGAGCAUUUUUUAGUACCUUGGUUGUAUUCCUCCGUGACUGCAGAUCUUAAAAUACUUCCCUGCUUCAACAUCGAGAAGCCUUAAAGACCAAAUCCUGCGCCAAGCCACUAACACCUUGCUUGUCCUCGUGCUUGGUUUAACUCUACCAUAGACGCCUUAUCUAAAAUGUACAUAAUCCCAAUGUAUUUUCUACCUAAUUUUUUCUAAUGGUUAUGUUCUGUGCAUGUUGCUAAUCUGUUUUUGGAACAGUGGGUUCCAUGGGUGGGAGGGGACAGCUGUUAACAAAAAUUAAUCUGCUUUUUAUAUAAACGUGUUAAAAUGUUGGGAAAAAAAAGGAACAGCUUGCUUGCAUUCUAAAUACUGUCUUAUGUUUACUGUGAUUUAAAUAAAUGGUUAAUAAUCUGA